AUGGAUGGAGGCAAAAAGAAUAAGGGAAUAGAGAGAAAAAGAGUAAAACUCGAUGAUAGCACAAGAGCUUUUCAAUGGAACAAACUGUUUAUGUCAACGCUCGGACUUUGGCCUGCGAAACCGAGUGAUUUUCUUUUCUCGGUAACUUUCGGCUACUUUUGCUACGAAAUGGUUCUCGAGUACAUAGAUUUGUUGUUAUUCAUCGAUGACUUGGAGCACGUGAUCUUGAAUCUUACGGAAAACGUAGCUUUUACCGAACUUCUCGUGAGAAUGAUAACGAUGCGCCUGUACAUACGCGAAUUUGGUCAGUUGAUUAGCAAAGCUACAAGAGAUAUCGAAGAGAACAAAUAUAACGACGAAGAAAGGAAAGUACUUAUCGCUUAUCACAAGAAGUCCAAAUUGUACAUGAAACUAUUGGUCAUUAACACUGGAAUUACAGCAACGUCUUACUACGCGAAACCGCUUUUGGAACAGUUUGGGGAAAUUGUAGAGUAUUUUGGGUCGCAGAAAAAUGAAAACACAACUUUUAUAUUUCUUCUCCCCUAUCGCUUCCACACUUUCUACGAACUGAACGAUGCAUCUACGUACUUUUGGACGUAUUUGUCCCAGUUGCCAUUCUUGUAUAUAAGCUGGAUGAGCCAAAGCGCCUCAGAUUGCCUCAUGGUCGCACUGGUAUACCACGUUUCUGGGCAGAUAGCUGUGCUUGCGACGCGCAUCACAAAUAUCGAUACCGAUCCUUCAAAGUGCACUAAACAAUUGCACGAUGUUGUCCGAUCCCAAGCGAGAUUACUUCGUAUGGGUAGAAUUAUUGAAAAAGCAUUCAGUGCAAUGUUGCUCAGUCAACUCAUGGGUGGAACGAUUCUCAUCUGUAUUCUUGGAUACCAAAUAUUGGCUUGUUUGGCUAACGGAGAAAGGGCCAUCUUGAUUUCACUUGUUUCGUACAUUAUUUUGGUACUACUGAUACUCUACGCAUAUUGUUCCAUCGCCGAAACCCUUAUAACUGAGAGUACGCGUCUUUGCGAGGCCUACUAUAACUGCAAAUGGUACGACAUGGUGGGAAAAAAUGCCAAAAUAAUAAUUUUUUGCAUGGCUCGAUCACAAAAACCGUUGCAGCUGACUGCUGGAAAAUUUUCUGUAUUCUGUCUUACGACCUUUACCAAUACUGUCAAAGCAUCCAUGGGGUAUUUAUCGGUACUAAGAACUGUAAUGUAAAGUUACUUAUUUCAUAAAUUAUUAGAUACUUUAAUUUCAAGCUGAACUAUUUUAUUUUUUUAAUUAACUUCAUUACUUAGCAUUUAUUUCUCUAGUCACAAAAUAGUUUUUGCUUGUCAAAUACAAUAGUGCUUGUAAGCAUCUAAGUGGUA